CUGGCCUUGGAAGGGGAGGAAGAGCCUUGAUGUGUGACUGGUGUUCCCAGGACAAUGGCCGGGGAGAAGAGCUUGGGCAGCCAGGCCCCCAGUGCGCUGAGGAAAACCCGCCCGGCUGGUCUCCCCUCCCCUGCACUGUGCUGUGCCUGUGGCCUCUGCAUCAUGCUUGCGGGCAUCAACAUCACCCUGGUGGGGGCCUUUGCCACCUUCCUGCCGGGCCACAACCCGCCCAUCAUCAUAGGCCCGGUCCUGCUCGUCCUGGCUCUGGGCUUCUUCGGGGCCUGCUGCAUCUGUAGCCGUCGGCCGCCCGCUCCCGGGGCUCGCCACGCCAAGGCGGGCGGUCGGCCGGGCCCUGGUCGGUUAGGCCGGGCCACGUUUGAGAUGGAGACCAGUGAACACACGGUCCAAGACACCACAGCCGUGCAGCUGAGCCCCAUUCCGUCCCCUGCCUCCUCCCGCCGCUCCAGCCCCGCCCCCGAAAGGGGUCCUCAGACCUGCGGCCUCUUCACUCUGGAACCUGAGGAGCCGGUGGGAGCCGGUGAUGCACCCGGGACAGAGGGAGUCCAGCUGAACCUGCCUCAGGAGCUUUCCACCUCCUAGGGCCGCCCUAGGGAACAUACCAGCUGCACUUUGGCCAAGAGUCAUUGUACAGAGGGCCCUCCAAGGAUGUCGGAGGUGGGAGGUGAAGUGACCUGGACACCCGAGAGGAAACAGGGGGACCACGUGGUUUGGUGAUUUAGGACUAUUCAGGAACCUCCAGACCUGGGUUAGAAACUUAUUUCUACUAUUUAUUACUUGUCUCUGGCUGAGUCUGUAUAAAGUGAAUCCCCUCACUUCACCUUACUCCUUCCUCUUUUUAAAGGCAGAGAGACUGGACACAAAAACUUUUUCCUAUCUCUCUGAGGCAGGACCUCUUGUCUGAGAGACAAAGACCCCAGGCUUGAGGGUCAGAGGACUCUGGACACCGUACCCACAGAAAGCACUGCCGAAGGAUCAGUUAGCUGGAAAAGGAGAAGCCUUGAGGGCCUGAGAGUCUUGUCUUCAAAGCCUUUUCUCUUUCAAUCUGUUUUCUCCUCUGUAAAUUAGCGCUGAUAGUCAGGGUCCCAUCCAGUCCCACAUCCUUUUAUGACGCCAGCAGAAAGACCAGCUGCGGUUGUAGGUCACACAGUGACUACUGCCUGAAACCCCACGGGGAGGACGGUUAUCUUGGAGUAAGGAUCCUGGAAGGCUUCCUGGAGGAGGGAACCUUCAGAGCCUGGGAAGGAGUUAAACCCAUACAGACUUUUCUGUGUACAUAGAGACGUUCUUAGAGAAUAUCGCCACAUCUAAACAUACACAGUCCUUGGCCAUCUUCACCCAUCAGUUCCAGUGCAAUUGUUCUAUAGGGAAAUGGGGGACCCGUGGUCCCAUCUGCACAGAGAAACUGAGUCCAGGUUUCUGACCACUUGAUCUCACCCAAGUCUGGGGCUCCUCUGCCUCUCUGCCGGUCUGCUAAUAACUGCAUAGAUCCAUCUCCAUCAGAGUCCGUGGAUAUACUCGUUUCAAUUCCUCUGUGGCCAUUGAUUUGCAUCCGGCUCUUCAUCUUUGUCUAAUAACCCCUGCCUCCCAUCGAUUGGGAGGGUCUCUUAGUCUAUGAAUGAGUGACCCACGGGUCACCGCUUUGAGUUUUCCCUCCCUCUUCCGAGCAGAUCCAUGGAUCUCAUUGACUGUUCUGUGAAUCCUACAGGCUGCUUUGUGGGGGAGGGGACGAAGCACAACUAUCUGCCUGCCCUCUGCUCUACCAGGAUGAAUUGUCACUUUCCCUGGCACAUCUAGGGGGUCCAUGACCGAUCUAACCUGCCGGCCUCUGUGUCCUGAAGCUUCUUUGUUAAUCCCCGAACUGAUCUAUGCGUCUCUCCAGCUGGCCAGUAGAUCACAGUGAGUCUGUGGAUCUUGGUUGUCACCCUGCCAUUAGACCAUGGGGCCCUGCCGUCAAGGAAGUUGUAUUUCCUGGACCCUUGGGGAUCUCUGUUCCUUCUCAGAAUCAUCUCCCUUUCUUCUUCCUCCCAAUGGAGGGGGUCCUCCAUUAUAAACUAUUAAGGCCCUCCCUGGCCCAACUCCAUAGACGUAAGGCUCUGAUCCCUGGAACAGCGCAACCUUCCCUCCUCCCUUCCCUGACUUCUAAGCCCUUCUCGCACUCUCUUCCCUGGAGCAGGGGUCGGGGAGAGGAGGAAUCAGAAGGGUGCAAGGAGGGGAUGCAACCAGAGGGGAAGAGACCCUACAGAAAGAAUUGGAAGAAUGGCUGAAGGAACAAUCAGCACGAGAAGCCUUGAGGAGGGACAAGAGUCUUGUCUUCAAGUAUCUGAAGGGCUGUCCUGAAGAGGAGGAAUUAAUUGUGUUCUGCUCAAUCUCAGAGGAAAGAACCAGAAGUCAAGGGGGAGCUGGAGAGGUCGACUGAGGCUGAAAGUUAGGAUAGACUUGUAACAAUGGGAGCUGCCAAAUCCAGCUGUGGCAGCCCCAUAGAUCACAGGGCGUUCCCCCUCCGUGAAUGUCUUCAAGCUGAAGCUGGGGGGUUAUUAUUUGGACAUGCACUAGAGGGGUUUCUUGUUCAAUUCAGACUUGGGCUGUAUGCCUCAGAGCCCCCCUCCACCCCUGAGAUUCUGGGAUUCUGAUUGGCGGAAGCAGACUUCUAUCCACCUCUCAUUCCUUCUUUAGUCCUCUAGGUCAGCUUCUUGCUGCUGUUUCUCACCUGCCAUUUUCUCAGUCCCUCUUCUUUCCCUGGGAUGAGCAAAAUGCUCAGGUCUCUUUUCCGUCUCUUACUUGACAAAAUUUUGUAACGUGCAUAUGCUGAAACAUUUUAAGACUGCAUUCAAAGCUGUUGUGGAAGUGGAUGCUGGGAGGCUGGAACUGGAGAGAGAGGUAGCUCACUCCUAGCUGUCAGCCAUGAUACAGGCUGUCUCUGCAUACUGGUGAUGGGUUCCAGAAGGAGACAAAGAAGAGAAAGGGUUUCAGGAAUAGCCGAGGAAGAAGGAAAGCCGUUCAGUGAGCAAAACAGGGAAAGCUCUAGAAAGGAAGCAGCACCUGAUGUGAGCCCUAAAAGAAGAGAAGGAUUUUGAUAGGCAGAGAUGAGGGGCACAUGUAGUUCUGAAUUGGAAAAUGACAUGAGCACAUGCACAGAGGUGGGGAAGAUGCAAUAUUUAACAGCAAAUGCAUUAGAGUUACAAAACAAAAUUCCGAAUGAGAUCUCGAGGCUGGUUGCCAGCCAGGAAGCUCUGUGGCAGACUUCCUGGAGGGGGACGGUCGAGGUGGGAUUUAAAGAAGGAUUAGAAAUUCAACUGAUGAAGAAGAGGAGGGAAGGGCAUUCCAGACAGAGGAACAAAUCAUAAGCAAAGAGUAGCCUAAAGCGGGUUCCAAAGCAAAGAACAGUCUAGUUCGUCAGAGAGUGGAGUCUGGAGCAAGGAGUACGCCAGGGUAAGGCUGAGACAAAGUGAAGUGUCCAACCGAGGAAGGCUUUGAAAGUUAAACUGAGGAGUUUGAACUCAGACAAUAGGAAGCCCCUGGUGAGUUUUGAGGAAAGAAUUCUGACAUAGAUCUUGAUCAAUGCACGGGAUUAAUCUAGUCAGGCAUGAAGGGUGCAUGACAGGAGGGACUGAAGCAGCCCAAUUAGAAGAUUGCUGCUACAGUGCAAGUGAAUGCUUCUGAGGGCCUCCAGGGCGGAAGCCUUGGGAGUGGAGAGUGAUGGGUGUGGGGAAGCUCUGAGAGAUGUUACAGAGAUGACAUCUCUAAGAGUUAGUAAUUGAUUGUGAGAUAAUCUCCUUGCUUUCCUCCGUGAUGUCAAGGAAGGCGUGAGAGUGAGUGGGAUUUGCCAUAAAUCUAUAGGCCCUGUCCACCAAGCUUCUGCUUUUGAGAAAGGUAAGAAAAGAACUAACAGGCCUAGCGUAGAAAUGAUAUAGAACACAACUAGCAUGACUGAAGAGACUUCAAGGACAAAAGAGAUGAAUGGCUUAAUUUUUCUUCUGAGAAGUCAUGAACAAAUCUCAAGGCUUAACUCAAGAGUUCUAUUCAGCCUGUUUGAGGAAUCGGCCCUCUGGGAGAGCAGGUGCAAGUUGGGGCUGAGAUCUCAGCCACAAACAGAGAAAAGAGUGAGGAAAAUCAGUGCAGAAGAAGAAUGAGUUUCUUGGAUCCUGAGCUCCCUCGAAUGAAUGACAUUGACUUUCUGAAAGGCUGCAAAUGAGAUAUUAUUAGGAAUGCUUGAGAACUUCUAGGAGGACACACUGAUGGGGCGAUCUGAGUCUGAGCACUUGAACUGUAUCCCUGUGACUUGUGAGAUUUGGACCUCCCCAUAGCCUGGACCACCUCAGGCUGGGAAGAGCUACAUUUAUGCAGCCUAUCAGCUAGUUGUUUUAAAUAUCUUUUAUUUUAUUCUUUUUGCUCCUUUAGUUAUGAGAAAGAACUAUAAAUAUUGAAACCAUGCAUGUAUCCCAUUUCCAUUAUACCAAACUCAUAUGAUGGGGGCCUAUUAAAAUUAAGCAAGGAAAAAAAGCAUCAUCUUCCAGUAGGUGGAAGCUGAGUCAAGAGACUAAUCCAACAAAUCUACACACAGAGAGUGACGGCAAGUGGGGGUGGAGAGAGGAGAUGGAUCUUGCCAGUUCUGUGAAAACCAUAAAGAGCUUGACAUUUCCAUUAAGCAGAUAUUGAAUGGAAUAUAUAAUCAUCGGGAUGAUUCUGGGUCUCUCUCCUGUUAGUCACCAUGAAUGUAUUCAUGUGUUUGCAAGUGAAAGGCUCUGCUGCUUAAAACUGUAUGAGAUAGAGGGAGAAGAAAGAGCCAAAGGUAAACCCCAGGGCUUGGUUUGGUUUGAUUUUAAUGUGGGAGAUUGGUUAAUGUUGGUGCCACAGAAGGAAAUUAUGAUAUCAGAAGGAGAAAAUAGUUCAAGGCAGGAUAAUGAACUCAACUCAGGCCAUGUUGUGUUUGAGAAACUGAGGAAAAGUCCAGAUGGCACUGAUUUCCAGGAGGUAAAUAGAGACAGGGGACUAAUAUUCCUAAGAGAGAUUAGGGCUAGCUGAAGCUACGGAAAUGAAGGAGAGUGCACGAGGGAAGGUGGCUAGGUUAACACCCCAAAGAGCACCCAUUUUAAGGGAUCCAAAUUCAAGGAAGAUACUUGUGUAAAUCAAAAGAACCUAAGUAAGUGUGUCAUGUAGCUUGAAAAAAGGAGAGAAAAUAUCAUUAUAAAAGGAGUUCCUCAAGAGCCCCCCACAUAACAAAAAUACUGGGAAAUUGCAACAAGGAUUAGUAGGAAUCACCACUGAGAACCAGAGAUUUCAGCAAGUAUGGAGGACAAAGGAAACACUCCACUAGCAUAGCUGAGAAGGUAGAGGAACUAAAAAACUAUUUCUCUUCAUGCAUAAGGAAGGAGACUGACUCCCAUCCCAACUCAGACAAUAGCUGAUAGAAUGUAUAGGAUUUAGUCACAUAUCAAUGAGGAUUAAGUUUUAAUCAAGUAUAACACCCUGUGACCCUUGGAUGAAAUGUGAAUGUCUCUCAGAUUGAGUCAAGAAGGGAAUAACGAAGUUGCCUAAGCAAAAAGUUACCACAGUUCUGCCUAUUAAUGAGAUGGAGAGUUGGAAACAGAGUAGGGAGCUGCCUAUGAAUGAGCCUCUUGAAGACAUAAGGAGUGAAUUUUUCUCUCCUCCAUCAAGUUAUUUUGAAGGGAAAUUACUUGACCAGUAGGAGACAUCGCCUCCAGCAAGGAACGGAUACUAGCAUUCCCAGACAGACAAGAAUAUAGAGAGGGAGGAAGUAGCUUUGAGGAAAAGGAUUCCUGGCAGCAGAGAAGAGAGCUGACUUUGGAGAGAAGCGUAUUCAGGAAACUUAACCGAGCAACUCGUCAAAAGAGAACUUUAGGAAGAAAGGAUUUCCAGGUUAUUUUUAUCACUCAUGCAUUCUACACCUGUGCCUCAUUGUCAUUGUACUGAUUUGGAGCCUAUUGUUUCAAUGGAAGUCACGUGUACUUGUGGAAGACUGUGUCCCUGGUUUAUAAGGGAAAUGUUUUAAUCUUUCAGUUUUUAACACUGUAUUAGUAAAGUUUUUUCUAAGAGUCAAAUA